AUGGCCGACCUCGAAACCCUAUUCAACUCCCCACCCCACUCUCCCCCUCCCCCCCCCCCCCCCCGGUCCCGGUCCACAACCCCCUCCACACCCCUCCGCCCCAACAGGCCAGAGCAAGAAGCCCUCUUCUUCUCCCCUUCCGCCUCCCAAUUCGGCUCCCCCGCCGCCUCCCGAGGUCAAAGAUGGCAGCCGGCUCAAGCGUUUAGCGAUACCAUGCCCGCCGACGCCGAUGCCGACGUCGGCACCGAGGUCGGCGUCGGCGGGGGGGGAGGGAUGGAUCAAGUGCGGCGCGUCCAAGGUCGGCGAGAAGAACGUGCCGCUGAAGAAGGCGGAGGCGGAGGGGGGGGGAUUGUGAGGGUGCGGCAUGCGGUUAAUGUGGUGGAUUCCGUCGACCCCCUACCGAGGGAUACGUUCGCUUCUCGUCCUGCUGCUUUGACUUCCGGCGGCGGUGGCGGCGGCGGAGGAGGAGGAGCGUUUGCUGGGGUUGGGGUUUAUGGGGCUAUCACCGAUCCCUUGGCUGGUGCUUCUGGCGCCGGAGGAGAUGGUGGGGAUGGAGGGGAAGGGGAAGGGGAAGGAGGGGAGAAGAGGAGGAGGCCUGUGGCGAAGGUUGAUGCUGAUCGGCUGUUAUCAGAGACUACUGGCUUACCUGCUCUUAUGCGUUCUGCUAAAAAGUUUAGGACGCGUGGUAAAGGCCGCGAGAAAGACGACCUCCGAAACCUCCUCCACAUGUACCAAAUGUGGGCACACGGCAUGUUCCCGAAAGGAUCCUUUGCGCAGACGAUGGAGAGGACUGAAAAGGUCUGCCGCACACGGCGUAUGGAAUCGGCGAUAGGAGGAUUAAGCGAUGCAUUCCACGGUCGACGUUCUCCCUCGCCCCCCUUCUCGCCUGUUGCCUCACCCACGCGCUCAAGGUCGAGGUCGAGGUCAAGGUCAAGGUCAAGGUCAAGGUCGCGUUCCCGUUCUCGUGCGCGAGAAGCAUCAACGCAAGAACCCCUGUUCACAGAGGCCGGUCCGAGUGCGGCGAGUGCGGGUGGGGCCGACGGGUGGGAUGGGCCAGACAUGGACGAGUUGAUGGCGAUGGAGGCGCAAGAAGCUCUGGAAGGGCAGCAGGGGCAUGAGGGGGCAGUGGAAGAAGACGAGUUUGAUGGGCUGUAUGAUUAG